UCGCCAUCUGCUUUCUCGUCCUUCUCCAAUCUCCGUGUUGUUGUUCCCGGUGACGCGGCGGAGGUGUAGCCUGACGCGGGCUCUUACGUGUCGGCCAGAAUAAAAGUGGAGCUCCGGAGGACCGGGAGUGACGAAAGGAGCCAGUAUCGAUGCUGUAGCCGUAGCGGCAGCUCCACAUUCUUCAUCUGUAUCAGCUGCUCUUCAAAUCUCCAUCCUCAGCUUAGCCAAUGAAGAUGGAGUCAGCAGUGGAGGCUCAGCAGGAGUCUGCCAUGUCAGAGGUUGAGAGCCACCAGAUCACCUCGGCACAGAUCGCUACUUUGGCACAGGUAUCCAUGGCAACAGGUCACACCUCAGCAACAGGUCCCACAGUCACAUUGGUCCAACUUCCUAAUGGACAGACAGUUCAGGUCCAUGGUGUCAUCCAGGCUGCACAACCUUCUGUCAUCCAGUCCCCGCAGAUCCAGACUGUACAGAUCUCUACCAUAGCAGAAAGUGAGGAUUCCCAGGAGUCAGUAGACAGUGUGACUGACUCACAGAAACGCAGAGAGAUUCUCUCACGGCGCCCUUCAUACAGGAAAAUCCUGAACGACCUUUCAUCCGAUGUGCCGGCGGUUCCGCGUAUCGAGGAGGAAAAGGCAGAGGAGGAUGCUGUGUCUGCCACGCAUGCAAUUACCACAGUUACUGUCCCCACACCCAUCUACCAGACCAGCAGCGGCCAAUAUAUUGCAAUUACACAGGGUGGCGCCAUUCAGCUGGCUAAUAACGGCACAGAUGGGGUCCAGGGCCUUCAAACUCUGACCAUGACUAAUGCAGCAGCUGCCCAGCCAGGAGCUACAAUCCUUCAGUAUGCACAGACCAGCGAUGGCCAACAGAUACUGGUUCCCAGUAACCAGGUGGUCGUCCAAGCUGCCUCUGGUGAGGUCCAGGCAUAUCAGAUUCGGGCAGCCCCUACUAAUACCAUCUCCCCUGGUGUGGUCAUGGCCUCUACCCCUGCCCUCCCUGUCCAGGGAGCCACAGAAGAGGUCACACGCAAACGGGAGGUCCGCCUCAUGAAGAACAGAGAGGCAGCUCGAGAAUGUCGCAGGAAGAAGAAGGAGUAUGUUAAGUGUCUGGAAAACCGAGUGGCCGUCCUGGAGAACCAAAACAAGACUCUAAUCGAAGAACUUAAAGCCCUUAAAGAUCUUUACUGCCACAAAUCUGAGUAGUUAGUAGCUUUUUAGUUCCUUUCAAAUACUUUGACUGUUCGAUUCUUCCUGUCAGACCUUCCAGUUGACACACGACUGGCUCUUUUUGACACAGUUACCCUAACUAAGUUCUAUUCUGCAUUUUCAGCAUAAUCAAAGUAAAACAACAUAUUUGCUGUAUAAACCGGAAGCGCCCAUGAAUGAUAGAUGAUGCCAAAGUGCUGACUGACACAUUAUAAGCAGUAGUUAGAGCCCUGUGCGAACAUCAUUGACAACAAGGUAGAAUCAGCUGCCUUAUCAGCAAGGCUGCAUCUUAUUGUCAUAGGUUGGUUAAAACCAAUAUAGCUUAGCAUAAAAUGGAAUUCAUCAUGGUCUCUGUAGAGAUGCUUCACUGAGCAGAGAGCAGUGUCCGUUCAGCAGAGCAUCAGCCAAACAACCUCACUCGCAGCACUGCACAGACUUGUGCAAUAGGCCUGCCGUAAUAGUUGUGUCCACAUCUCCGCCAUCGCAGUUGCACUUCAAACUUUCUUAAAACCCUGACGUUCCCGUGCUGCACAUUGGGCUGGUACUGCACUGUGUAGCUCUGCAUUAUUGUUUUCAGGUUAGGUACCACAUAGAAAAGCAAUGUUUAAAGCAUUCUCAAAAGGUGCUUUUCCAAAAAUCUUCCACAGUCAACACCGUACCUCAUUGGGUCUGCAGCAAUACACACGUUUGAUGUUGAUGAAUGGCUGUUGAGAAGAAAAGAAAGGAAAAUAGAAAUAACAGCUACCAUAUUAUUUCAUUUUUUCCUCAUUGAACUCCAAUAGAGCAUUUGUGUUUACUUCUGUAUGUAAGCAAUAAUGCCCCAUAGCUGUGUUUGAAGCAUCACCAUUGCUAUUAUGGUUGCUGGAGGUUGCCUUUACCUUGCAACUGUUUUGGAGGGUGAUUGUGAUUGUAAAUAUUACAUUCACUGUGGUGAGUUCAGUUUUUAACAGUAUACGGGCUACAACUAUGACAGUAAGAUGCAACUUUUAAACAGAAUUAUAAAGAUGAUGAUUUGCCAUAACAAUUUUAACAUAUCAAAGUCUUUGUAGUUGUGUGUUUGGUGUGUUCAGGCCAUACGUAAUCCUUAAAUGGUUAAAAAUUAAAUAUUUAACGUCCUGUUACAGUGUAGCCACUUGUACUGAGGACUCGACAACUAAUUUGGCACAAGCUAGUAUUUUUGUUUUCUUUUAUGAAGAUGCUUCAAACUGCCGAACGUGAUGGAAGUAGAUGUCUGCAGACGGUGUUUAUGUUAAAAAAGAAAGACGCAUAUUGUCGUCAUGUGACAUCCCACUUUUAAUUUCAGUCCUUGUUUUUCCUACUUCUCCAUAACAGACAGUUGACAGAUCUAUUAUUCAAAUACGAUUAUGAGCAAGUUAAAGCACAGCUUUUUUUAUAACCUGGAGACCAUUUGGUAGCUUUGGCCGACAUUCCUGCCACUUUCGGUAAGUUAAUUGCUGAGUAGUGCAGCAGCUCUGGGGGCCAUUUUAUUUCAGUAAAAAUAUUUACAAGUAAAGAAAAUCUGAAUGCUGAUUAUUUCCAAAUGUAGUUUCCAGAAAAAGGGAACCUUUGCAGAAGUACUACCUGAUUGGCUGUGUAUUGUGUCUACAAGUUUUGCAGCAUCUAUUAAUUAGAGGUUAAAAAGUGUCAGAUUAAGGAGCCAUAUUUUGAAUAUGUAGCAGAUCGGAUUCUUUGCUAAAUCUGCAGAAGAUGUAGGCGACAAAUUCAACACUAACAAUCGAUGAAAAUGUGUUUUCUGUUGAAAAGAGAUCACUUUGUGGGCCUGGGUGUGUUUUUUGAGAAGAUCUGUGUAUGUAUUUGUCUGUAAAUUCUUUUUAUAUUACUGUACAUAGUCUCUACAGCAUGUGUAGGCCUUGUGUAUUUCUGUUUAUUUGAUAUGGAGAAAAAAAAAAGUUCUUAUGGCUUGCAAGAAACAACUUUGCAUAUUUGUAAGAUACAUCACUGUAUAAUAGAAGAAAAUGUAUAUGUGUAUGCAAUCCACCAGGCCUAUCACCAUUAUGGCAGCUAAGUGUAAUGAAAAAGGCCUUUGGGGUACAUACAUUAUUUUGGAGUGUUCUGUGUUGUUUAGGAUCGUCAGUGUUUGUAAAGAAAUGUGAGUUGAGGUCCAACGGUAUUUUAUUUUAUUUCGGUUGAAACCUGCACAGAAAACGAUCUAGCAGCUUCACUCAACUCAGCCACACAUCAUGUUUUUAACCUAAAAAUUUAUUUUUAAUUUUAUAGACCUCAACAGAAAUGGCUCCAACUGUAAACGUCUACUGUGUAUCUGCCAACUUGUCAGAUGAAAGCACACAUUUCUUGCCACUUUUCUUAUGAUUAUUUUUAUUGUGAAUUGCUGACAUUUAUUUUACUACAAAGUUGCAUUACUAUUUUUUAUUAUUAGUAGUAUUUCUUAUGAGAUCGGUUCCAGUGGCAAGAUACUUGUCACUUAACUCUUGAGUGAGCCAAUGAGUUUUAAUCCUGAAUUUAGAGAUUGGUCCCCUCUCUGCUGUUUCUCAUUUUCCUCCAGCUCACUGUUGAUAUUUGAAUCCCCAGGAAUUGGAGUCAUGUACCACAAACUAUUACUGAAAAUUAUUUAGUAGAUGCAUUACACAACAACAAGCUGAAAGGAAAUUUGGUAACAGUGUACCAGUGUAGUUUUUUCAUGUUUUUUUGUUUCUUUUAUAUGUUUUCAUCAGUUCAUAGUAGCUCUCAACUUUUAUUUUUUUAGUCGAGGCAUUUUGAUAUUGUACAGUACAGUACAGUACAGUACAGUACAGUGUGUACCUGUACAGAGGAUUAAAGAGUUAUUGGCUAAAGAAUUCACUCAGCACCUAAUUCAGAAUGAAUAAUCUCUUGAUGAGCAUGUACAUGCCAUGUGUGGUUUACACUCCAACUGUCACAGUGUGAUUUAGAUUUCUCUGUGCAAAGACAAUACAAAUGCAGAAAUUAUUAUUUAGUAAUGCAUUUCACUGGAUGAAAUGAAGUCUGACAGACUCAACCCUGAUUGUGGAACCUCUUUUUGUGGUGGGGAAGUAGCAACUUUGACACAUGUGCCAUUUCAAUAGAUAAGUUACUGAGAUUAAUAAUUUUUCAAGUUCAUUGUAGUAAAAAAAAAAAAAUUCACACAUCAAGUGCUGGUGCUAAAAAUACGUUUUUUGUUGUUGAUUUGAUAUAGUGAGCUCAACUUUGUGAUGUGAUUACACCGUAUCUUUCAGUCACGGAGCAACAGUGUUUCCAUUUCUGUGCCUGAGUAGUUAAUGCCCACGAGUCUAAAAUGUGCAUGAAAAAGGUUGUUAUCCUUGUGUGUAUAAGUAUAUAUUGAGAGAGGGAGAAUUUCUAGAACAGUAAUGAUGAUGUUUUUCUAACUUUUAAUGUGAUCAGUUUAUACUGUAUAUUGCCACUUUUACAAGGUAUCGAAUUUAAAAUUCCAAAUUCCAUGUAUUGUAUAGUAUCUUGCAGAGACGAGAUCAUCCAAUAAUCCAUUCUAUACUGUUGAUUUUAACAUUGUUGCAUUAUAAAACUAUACCAGCCCAUUAAUUGAAAGUGCUGUUCCUAUGACGUUGCAUCACUCUUUUGUAAACACUUAUUAUAUUGCAAUAAACUGCUCUUGGAGAUAUCAA